UGAUUCGUUUUUUGGAUGGGAAAUAAAAGGGCGGAGAAGAGAAGAAAAGAGGAGGGGGAGAAAGAGGAAUUAGGGUUGACUCUCCAAACACACAUACGAGAGAAAAAUGGGACGCAAGAAGAUCGAGGUCAAGCUAAUCGAAGAUAGGUGUAAUCGCCAUGUCACUUUCUGCAAGAGAAGAUCUGGAUUGUUGAAGAAGGCCAGAGAGCUCUCUGUUCUUUGCGACGUUGAGGUUGGAAUCAUCCUCUUCACCAAUCGCGGCCGACUUUAUGAAUUUUGCAGCGGAAACAGCUUACUGAAUAUUAUUAUGCGCUACCAAAGCCACCUUCAGGGGAGAAAUGAAAGUCCAAUUGACAAUGACCUUCAAGGAAGAAGUGAAAGCCUAAUUGAUAGUGAUGCAAAGGAUCAUGUAUCUGAUGAGACAAUCUUGGAUGUAUCUGAUGAGACAAUCUUGGUUUCACUCAAAAAGCAACUACAAACUAUUCAAAGUCAGGUUGAAGAACCAAAUUUCAAGAAGCUCGAUAUAACUCAGAUGGUGCAAUUGGAGAAUCAACUUGAAGGCACACUUGACAAAAUCAAAUCUCAAAGAAUUGAGGCAAUGAUAGAAAAUGAUGACUGUUGGACAUACGACAUGGAAAUAGCUAUGGGCAUGAUCAACAGCCCGCCAUUUAAUUAGUGAAAUAUGCCACAAACUAUGGUUGUGGUUGUCCCACCAAAUAAAAUAAACCGAAGCUGCAUAACUCUAUGAAAUCUUAACACCUUCCUGACCUGCAGAAGCAAAUAUGCAUAAUAUGUAACAUAUGAGUACGACAGUUGUAGCAUUUCUCAAGUUGUAUGCUAAAUGAAACCAUGCAUCAAACACUUAAUCGAUGCUUCUACUAA